CUUUCCGAAUCUUUCAUGAAACCGAUAGUGAAUGUCGCGAAGGUGACGGCAACGACAAGUUGAGCUGAACAUGUCGAUGUGAUAUCAUUGCAUUUCGCAUUAUCAUUGCAGAUUACAGACAGCUCGAGGUUUUCGCAUCGUGUUCUUCGUUCUCACGAUGCAUCGACGAGGUGUGACAGAGGCGACAACGUUGACGGAAUUUGAGGAAAGCGUAUCCUUCGAUGCGGACGAUCCAGACUUUGCGCCUAACCCGAAUACAAUGCGAAACGUCCUCCGCAACGCGCAUUGCCUAGCUCUCGCGGACGCCAAAAUCGACGUUAAUAAAGUAUCCACUUACCAGUAUAACAUGUCGGUUACUUCCGUACAAUCAGCUACUGAGAGCCUUUCCCGUCACGGAAGCAACAUCUCGCUAUCCCGUCACAGUCUGUGUGGGAGCGUGGACGAUGGUUUGCAGGGCUCGCAUCCCCAGUACCAGGACACGAUCCUCACGAUCGAGGAGCUGCGUGCUCAGCUCAACUCCUGCUUUACAUGCGGAGUGUCGUGGAGCGAGGAGCACGUCUCCCUAGACUGCAGCGAGUGCGGUGGCUACUCCCUGCAACGGCCAUGCCCGCUUUGUGACGGUCGUUGCCAUACCACGUGGAAGCGCGACCUCACCAUGUCCCAUGCGAGUGGUAAAGCAAGAUGGAUCGGUGAGUGCGGGCUAAGCUGUGGACCCUCCUUGGAGGAAUCACUGGUGCCCGCGUUGGAGAAGUUGCGGGCUACUUCGUGAACGGCGUCAGCCCGAGCACCAUCAACCAUGCACAAGACUUAAAUCCAUCACCAUCCAUCUAGUAUCACCCACCACCAUCGCGUGCGAGACUCAAGAAAGAAAGAAAGAGAGGAAGAGAGAGAAAGAGAAAUGUGUGAAUGUGGACCAUGGAUGAUAUGCAUUAUGUUCCUGAGAAGGACGGCUGAUAAGGGAAAGAAGGGUCAGAGUUUCGGCCUUGUGGUUUUUUCCCCAAAAAUAUAAAGCCGUACCCAGCUGGUCCCUUAACAUCAAGGACCACCAUCAUCGUCAUUAUCGUCUUUCAGGCGAAAGUACAAAAACUAUGCGAUCGACGUCCGAAUUCUAAAGAAUUUCUACGUUAUAUUGAACGAUUAACUAUGUUGCAGCGAACUAGUUAAAACAUUGCUCUUUCGGGGAACAAAUUCUAAUUUAUUUUCAGAAGAU